AUGGGGGCCUGCAUUCCGGUGGCAGUUGGACGGGGUCGCGGCCACAAGGACACCCACGACGACUACUACGGCACCUCGAGGCCACGGGCUGCGGAGCUCCAUGCCCCCACUGCAGAUCUGCGCGCAGAGAUGUAUGACACCGGGAGUAUCGAGGGGCCACCUGGAUCUUUCACUGUGAACAAUGUCCAAGUGUUUGCUGGCUAUGUCCUGCAUACCGGUUCAUUUCUGGAAGGGCCUGACUCCAAGACAUUGUCUGUUGGCGAUGAAGUGAAAUACAAGGAAGUAAUUGGUGACCGUAUUGACCAGAAAGGUCCCAUUGCUCUUCCAGAGAAGCUGAUAUUUGAUUUCUCCCAUGGGAAACCUGUCCAACCAGAAGAUUUGCAAAAAAUUGAGUCUAUAGUGAAGCAGCGAAUAGAGGCUGAGCUGGAGCUAUCUGCACAAGAAAUAAAAUUAGCCAAUCCGAAGAGCGUGAAUGGUCUUCGAGCUGUGUUUGGUGAAGUCUACCCUGAUCCUGUAAGAGUUGUAUCGAUUGGUCGCAAACUGGAAGAUGUGCUUGCCAACCCUGAAAGCAAAGAAUGGUUAUCUGAUAUCAAUGAAGCAAGUAAACUGGACGGAGCAACAUUGGAAAAGAAAAUUGGAUCGAUCAAUAAUACACUGGAUGCAGCUGCUAUCCCAGCUGCAAGAAAAGCUGAUCUAAAAGGCAAUGUCUCAAAGUUGGAGGAUCAACUAAGGGAGGCGAAGAAGAAAACGGGCAAAGAAAAUGUCCAAAAGGCUGCCAAGACUGACAUAGAUGCUGCAGAAGCUGCUGUUUCUAAAGAAAAACUCUUCUGUGUUACUCAUGCUGGUGUGCGUCUUGAUACCACUGCUGCCCGGGAAGCAGUUGUCAAACCCAUGGACCGUUUCAAGAGCAUUGAUGCACUUCUUUAUGUGCACUAUCUCUUGACAUUACGUGGGUUUCUCAUUUCAAUAGUUAGGGAUGCAGACAAGAAACAACUUGGUACAAUCGGUGAGGAGGUGAAGCAGUUGGCUCAAAGAGCAAGGGAUAACAGAGAAGCAAACAACAGCUCUUCUACUAGUGCAAGCAUUAAAAAAUCCGCUAAUAACACUGUUCAGAUACUUGUGAAAUUUUGUGGAGCAACUAUUCCUGUUCAGGAGAACCUUGACAUAUUAAGUGCAAAUAUGCUAAUCGAUCAUGUUUGCCGGUGUGCGGGAGUUAGUCUCACUGAUCUCUAUUCGACCUUCUGUGGAAGAAUUCUGGAGCCGAAUAAAGUUUUGUCAUAUUAUCAACUCCAGAAGGAUUCUAUGGUUUAUAUUAAUCCUAGACUACGAGGUGGCAGUGCUGGUCGUAAAAACUGGGAUGAUGUAAUCAUUACUCUGAAUGUCUACCACGGUGUGGCUUUGCCAUGGGACCUACUUCUCCCCUGUCAGAGUCCAGCAAUGAAAGUGUGGUACCUGGAUCAUCCACUACAGGUUCGGUGUCAAAAGGUGCUUAUAUACCUUGGCAGAAAACAUUACGUUGGAAUUUGUUUCGGAGGCUUCACUUCCAAGCAAAUUUUCUUCGAUGCCGAUGGUAAUGCGCAUAUUGAUGCUGCUCCUCAAGAGUAUAGUCAAGAACUUGCCUUAUUGGAUUAUGGUGCAGUUUCUGGAAUAUUUGACGAUGCCUUAGAAGCUGGAAUUAACAAAUAUCCAACCUAUUUCUAUAAUCUUAUCAGUUUCCUGUCAAAUUGUCCUGCUGUUGAUUUUCGAAGUAAGGCUGUGAUUGCUUUUGUCACGAAUCACCCCUCGCUGUUAACAUAUUCUCGAAGAAUUCAGAUCACUGCAGUUCUCGAUAUGUUGCUUACAAGGCUCAGUAAAGAUGAUUCAGAGGCCUUGAUAAAUAUGCUUGAAAAUUUCUCUUGGGGGAGCAGGUUGGAUAAGGUUCCUGCAAUGUACCACACGUAUUACUUUCACUGGUGGUAUGCUAGAGAUGGGAGCAUAUGUACCCCUUAUAAGGAUAAUGGAGUCAGCUUGCUCAAAUUCUCUAACAACUUUUUCAAGCAUCACAAUGGCUUCUCUCUAGAAGAGCGGGAUGCAGCGUUUGCGUUGGCGACGAAGCAUAAAAACUAUCUAGCUCAGCUACUGUUUUCCAUUCUUAUAACAUUCAAAGACCCAAAUAAGCCAUGCCCUCCAUCUGUUCAGGCUUUUAUUGAUGAAGUGAUUGUAAUGCUAGGGGAUCACACGGUCGAUUGCGAGAUUGCCCAAACUUGA